GACAGCUGUGCCGUUCAAAAGGAAGCUACGCGCUUUUUUCUUCUCAAAAGAGCAUCUAUUGCACAACUUAUUCUAAUUCGAGGCGUCACGCUGUUAUCUCGAGAAGCUUUUCAAAAUGGCAUCUGCGCGAGCGUUUGCAAUUUUUAACGAGAAUAAGGCCAACGAAAAUCAAAUCGCGGGAAAAAAUAUUCAAUCGCUAAAAGGAAGCGAACCGCGAUCCUCGUCCGCUGUUGCGCUGAAAGAUCUAACCAAUAAAAAUAAGACACACCGUACCAUUGUGCACCAGGAUGGCAAAGGGAAAGGCAGCCAUAAGCAGGAAAAAAAGAUCAAAUCAGCCACGAGUAGCAUUUUGCAUACAAUAGGGCUAGACAAGGAAAAAGCUGCACCUCGCAAACCGUCCCGCAGUUCCUAUGAUGUGUUCUCUCCCCAACAUGCUGAAUACGCCUGGGGGCAAGCGGCCUGCCUGCCGGAUGAUCUCCUGGAACGGAUGAUCGAUUGCAAUGGAGUACCGUAUGAGGUCAAACGUAAGCCAUUGUCCAUGGUCCGUCCGGAUCUGCGCGAUCUACCGGACCUGGAUGUUUACCCGCCUGCGGUGCAUGAGUUCAUGAAGGAGCAAACCCUAAAACCGUUGGAUCUACCUGAUUUGCCACUAGCGGAGAUUCCGCCAUUUGAUUUAAUAUUUUAGACAGUAUCAGUUUUAUUAUGUGCGAGUGUAUGUUGUAAAAAAUAAUGUAAAUCGAAAUUGUUUGUUUAAUUGUGUUUUGUAGACGAAUAAGGAUGUUCAACAUUGUAAAUGCAAAAAAGGUCAUAUAUUAAGAAUAGUCCAACAUGAACUGAACUGAUGUGAAUAAAGGCCAAAUGAACUAG